AUGUCGAAAAAAACACCAAAUGCGUUUAUUCUCUAUCGAAGAGAAAAACAGUCGCAACUUCGCAAGAAGUACCCAAGAAUGCCCCAAAGAAAACUGUCGGGGCUGGUUUCCAAAAUGUGGAAGCGCGAGCUUCCAUGCAUCCGUGGGAGAUACGAAAGCAUCUCACUAAUGCUUUCUAUCACCAAUAAUAAUCGAAAUGCGGCGGCGCGGCAAUCUGUAGGUCCUACAGAUUUCGAAAAUGGGUCUACCCAUUUUUUCGUUUUCGAGAAUCGUAUAAAUAAUAAAGACUCUCUUCCUAUCGAGGAACGAGAACAACCACUUUCCACUAGUGAUGACGAUGAAUUUAUUAAUAGCAUUUUUAAUUUCGAUCUAUAA